GGAAGAAUAAAAACGUAAACAUGGGAUUAACAAACUUUACGAGUCUUCUUAUAAUUUUAUGUUUUUGUGGAAUCGACAAGGUUGUGUGUGACGGCAAUGGUGUAAUUUUUGCCAGGCUGAAUUCCUCCCAUACUGAAUGGGGUGACCAUUUCUGUAUACUGUACAAUCCACUCUUCCAUUCUCUCCCAGAGGAGAAGUCGCAGGCUAGGGCUUAUGACCUAGUUAACUUGUCCCAGGAUGAAGGCUGUUUUUCCAGUGGGGUUUACACCAAUGACACCAACGUUAAAGGCAAAAUUGUGGCCAUUGCCAGAGGAAAUCGGACAUGUACAUUCACAGAAAAAGCCAUGAUGGCCAAGAGACAUGAAGCAGCAGGGAUAUUGAUUAUCUCCAAGAACAAGAUAUACCCAGGGGCUAACCAGACGUCGGACUAUAACACGAUCAACAUCAUUGUGGCCAGCAUCAAAAGUACAGACUUUCAGGACAUUUUGAGAGAGGGCUCAGAAGUGGAGGUGAUGUUGGUAGCUCCAGACAGCAGUGGCUUUGAUCCCUGUAUUGUGGUCAUCUUUCUUCUGGCCAUGCUGUGUAUCACUGUGGGGGGAUACUGGGCAGGAGUGGUCAAAACUUCAGGUUUGAAAAAACCAAAAUCAAAAGACUCGGGGAAAAAAUCUGGGAGAUUGGGAGCUGAUGACAACAGCGAUGAUGAUGAAGAGGAGCUGGACAUCUCCGUACCAAUGAUCAUCGUCUUCUUCUUUUUUGUCUGUACCUUCCUCAUUCUUCUGUAUUUCUUCUAUGAUUAUCUUGUGUAUGUGGUGAUAGCUCUGUUUUGUUUGGCCGGAACAGCCGGUCUAUUUGCCUGUGUGGAGCCAUUAUGGAGCAAAAUACCAUGGGAGGCGAGAUUACCUGCCAAUAAAAUUCCAUUCUUAAAACAGCGACCAUUUUAUAGGGACAUAAUUUUGGUUCUGCUCUGCUUAGGUGUGGCCGUGUUUUGGGGAAUUCAAAGAAAAGAAAGUUAUGCCUGGGUAUUACAGGACAUCCUAGGUGUGGCAUUCUGUGUAAAUAUGCUAAAGACACUACACCUGCCAAACUUAAAGAUCUGUGUCAUACUGAUGGUGCUGUUAUUUUUGUAUGACAUUUUCUUUGUCUUCAUUACACCCUACUUUACCUCUAACGGAGAAAGUGUGAUGGUAAAAGUAGCCACUGGAGGGUCCUCAGGGGGGUCGUCAUCAGGGGAACAGAUCCCCAUGGUGUUUAAGGUUCCUCGCCUUGGCAGUUCGCUGAUGAACGUGUGUAAUCUGCCGUACUCUUUACUGGGCUUUGGUGACAUCAUCGUUCCUGGUUUACUGGUCAGCUAUAACCACAGAUUUGAUGUCAGAGUGGGCACAAGACGGAUUUAUUUCAUAGCCACUGUUAUAGCAUAUGCUAUUGGUCUUGUGGUGACCUUCCUUGCCCUUUAUCUUAUGGACAAAGGCCAACCAGCUUUGUUGUACCUUGUGCCAUUUACACUUGUAACAACAUUUGUGAUUGGCUGUAUAAGAGGAGAAGCUGGUUCCCUAUGGACUGGUAUUUCAAAACAGGAAAAUUACAAGAAAGAUGACACAAGCUCUACCAAAGACCAAUCAGGGGUGCCUGUUACAACAGCCAGGAUAGACGACCAGAACAGCAGUUGCAGCUCUUCCAGUGGAGGGAGUGAGAGCAGGCUGCUGAUCAAUAAAUGACU